UUAAAUGUUUGUUACACCUCUCAUGGGAGACAACUUUUGCAAUUUUAUGCUUCUUCUUUGCAGUCAUUUUCUCUCACUUGAAAGACAUCUCCCGUUCACUUCGGAAUUUUUUAAAAAAUGACUGAAACUCCUCUACUGAAUAUUCCCUCCUCAAACCAGAGUGAAAACAGAAGCAACUCAACUAUUUGCCCAGAGGAGGAAGACUGGUGGGACAUCGUGUACUACAUACUACCCAAGUACCUCAACACUGUCUGUGCUAUUGGAAUGCUUGGAAAUAUAUUUGUUCUCUUCAUUUAUUCACUGCACAAGGGCCCUCUGAAGAUAGCUGAAAUCUACCUUAUGAACCUAGCUGUUGCUGAUCUCAUCUUCCUCAUGGGCCUCCCUUUCUGGGCAGAGAACAUCAGGAAUGAAUUCAACUGGCCGUUUGGCAGUUUCGCUUGCCGCAGCAACAGUGCGUCCAUCAGCCUGAACAUGUACACCAGCAUCUACUUGCUGGUGGCCGUCAGCGUGGAUCGCUACUGGACUCUUGUGCAUACCUUGAACCACAGAGGGAUACGGAGCAAAGCUGUUGCCAAAGGGAUCUGCUUGCUCAUCUGGUUCUUUGGCAUCCUCCUCAGCAUCCCAGUUUUUAUGUUUCGGACUGUGAAAGACUACCCCCAGUGGAAUAUUUCAGCAUGCACUUUGGACUUCCCCACCCCAGCAUGGGAAAUAGCUCAAAGCCUGGUACUCAACAUAGUGGGAUUUGUGUUGCCAUCUACAGCGAUCAUCUUCCUUAAUUUCUCUACCAUUAGGUCCCUACAAAAAAAAGCAAGAGUACGAAGAGCACUCAGGACAAAGGACUGCAAGGGGCGAAAAGGCACAAAAGCUACCAGGCUGAUCUUCACAGUUGUAUUGACAUUUCUUUUCUGUUGGGCUCCUCACCAUUUUUUUGUAUUCCUUGAUAUAUUACACGAUACAGAAGUGAUCAAAGGCUGCUUCUGGGAAGAACUGAUCAAUUUUGGGGAGCAGUUUGCUUAUAUGUUGGCUACCACCAACAGCUGCAUUAACCCUGUGAUUUACGUCUUUGUUGGGAAAUACUUCAGGCAAAAGGCUUUAGAAGUUUUUUCACAGUUUAUUCCCUGUGGAUUUUCUUUGAAAUGGGUAUCUUUAAAAGAAAUGUCAUCAAAUUUCAAAGUGUUUCCAGUCAGGAGUAGUUUAACCUAA